AUGUCCGUCUUCAACGCAUCUCGCCUUCUUGGCAAGACAGUCCUUAUCACUGGAGCAAGUUCUGGUAUCGGAGCGGCCACCGCCAUCUUGUUUGCCAAGGGAGGCUCCAACGUUAUACUCGCCGCUCGACGAGUGGAUGCACUGCAGAAAGUUGCAGAUGAAUGUACUGCUGCCCACAAAGCAGCUGGCUUGCAACAUGGCGGCAAAUUUGUCACCGUACAACUCGACGUUUCUGACAGAAAUCAAAUCAAUGGCUUCCUAGAAAGUAUACCCACUGAUCUUCGCGAUGUCGACAUUCUCGUUAAUAAUGCUGGAUACGUCGUGGGUGUGGACAGAGUUGGUGACCUGUCCCUGGAUAAUGUGGAGGGGAUGUUCGCAACCAACGUAUUCGGCUUGAUCGCCCUGACCCAGUUGUUCAUCAAGGAAUUCAAGAGGAGGAAGACUGGACAUGUUAUUAACCUUGGCUCGAUCGCCGGUAGAGAAGCUUACCCCGGGGGCAGCAUCUAUUGUGCAACCAAACAUGCCGUUAGCGCAUUUACUACCUCUCUAAUGAAGGAGCUUGUCGAGACUCCCAUCCGUGUCACCGAAAUUCAACCAGGUAUGGUGGAGACCGAGUUCUCGGUCAUCCGUUUCAAAGGCGACCAGUCCGCGGCGGACAAAGUUUACGAGGGGCUUCAGCCUCUGGUGGCCGAGGACAUUGCGGAAGAAAUCGUCUGGGCUGCGUCGCGCCCCCCACAUGUCAAUCUCGCUGAAGUCUUCGUGCUUCCAGUGAACCAAGCCAGUGCCACCCUCACCUAUAGGGCGCCGAAGCUAUAA